AUGUGUGCCCGUCGCGCCCAGUGCUGCUUCCAGCAGGACAAGCAGGUGUUCUGUACCCGGCACGCCUCGCUCGUGACCACGCGGACACUGUGUGAGGGAGACUUUGCCGUGUCUCGCCGAGUCUUCGUGCAAGUCGAGGGUUUGGCCCUCAAGAAGAAAUUCCUCCACGGCAUCAGCCCGGAGUCCGUGCGGAUGAUCAUCGGCUCUCUCACUAUCGAUGCCCUGGGAGUCCUAACAGAGCUGUCCGAGUGCGAUGGCUUCCUCUACCCCAUUGGAUACACGUGUCGUCGCGUCUACUGGAGCACGGUCCACGCUGGGCGCCGCUGCGUCUACACUUGCCGCAUUCUCGAGUUCCGACCCAAACCCGCGGCUCCGGACGUGAACAGCACCCAGUCACACAGCACGGAGACGCACACACGGGACGACGCGGCCGGGACGGUCGAGACGGUGCCGGCGCUGGCGACUUUGGCGGCCGCCGCGGCCGCCAACGUCGGAGAGGCUGGGCCCUCCGCCGAGGCCUGCGGCAAGGCUCCGGCAAUCGGCAAGUCCCCGGGGUCUCCUCGCGCCGGCGGCGGCGGCGGUGGUGACGGCGGAGUCGCUGCGGCAAAGGCCGCUGCUGUGGCCUCGUACGAAAACCCUGGGAGCCCGCCCCGCCGAGCGUCUCACAUCAUCAUGGUCAGCGACGAGUCGGUCUCCCCGGUGCGACGGCGGAUCCCCGCACGCAAACCGCACUACCUCCUGUCGCCGCCGGCGCCGGCACGGCCACCGCGGAUCACCGCCAUCGCCUCCUCCUCCUCGUCCUCCUCGUCCUCCUCGUCGUCUGCGUCGUCCGGCUCGACUUUGGUGGCUAUGCCCGUCGCCCAUCACCACCUGCAGCCGCAGCAGCAGCAGGAGAAGCAGCAGCAGCCGCAACAGCAGCAGCUGCAGCAGCCGCAGCAGCAGCAGCCGCAGCAGCAGCAGCUGCAGGAGAAGGGGACGCCACUGGGCAGGAGUCUAACUCAGCAGCCUGAGCUGCACAGGAGCAGCGAGCACUCGCUGCUGCCUUGCGGUGGUGACGGUGUCGGUGGUGGUGGUGUUGGUGCUGUUGGGGCUGUUGGUGCUGUUGGUGUUGUUGGUGGUGGUGUCGGUGUCUCCGUUGACGAGGGGCUGGCCGAUUGCCUUGAUUUGGUCGGGCUGCUCAACCACGAUCAUCAUCAUCAGCAGCAGCUACAUCAUCAUCAUCAGCAGCAGCAGCUACAUCAGCAGCAGCAUCAGGCAAGGCCUCUGAAUGCCCUCUGUGGAAAAUCCGAGCCUCCCGCUCCUCCUCAUCAUCCUCCAACGGGUGACGAGGAGCUGCCCCCCCACCAAUCUCCCCCCACCACCACCACCGCCCACCACCACCAGCACCAGCCGGACUGCGAGCUGUCGGCGCUCGCCCCGUUCAGCUCUCCCGACCUGCAGCUGCUGAGCGUCGUGGCCAUGUCCAUCGGGGGGGCGGGGGGCGGCGGUGGCGGCGAGGCUCUCGCGCCGCUCCCCGCCGACGUCGGGGAGAUGUCGGCGGAGUCGCCGCGGGACCCGGCGGCCACGGCGGGGUCCGUCGUUUCGGCCAGGUACCAGUUUGCGUUGGAGGAGUUGGCGGCGGACAGGGAGGAGGACGACCUGGAGCGGCGCGUCGCCCCCCCCCCGGCCGCCCUCCUCGCCCCUCCGCCCGGUCAGCUCCCGUACCGCCCCAGCGGCGGCGGCCUUCCCUCCGGUCGCCACGGCGACGAGGCCUCGGCGGAGGAGGUGUCGGCGGCGUCGGCGCUGGCCGACCCGGAGCUCCACCUCCUGUUGGACGAGAUGCUGCAGCAGCAGCUGCUACAGCAGCAGCUACAGCAGCAGCAGCAGCAGCAGCUGCAUCAGCUGCAACAGGAGCAGCAGCAUGAGCAGCUACAGCAGCAGCAGCUGCUACAGCAACAGCCGCAGCAUGAGCAGCUACAGCAGGGUGAUGACAACGAUGCGGCGCCGGCGGCACUGUCGGCUCCGACUCCUUCCUCGGACGACGACGAGGGCGGUGGCUGCGGUGGCCGCUACUCCGCUUUGCCGCGCCUUGUCUUCUCCGAAGUCGCCGUCACCGCCGGCGAUCGUCGCUCGCCGCCGCCGCUACCGGCGGAGGGGGAGACGCGGAUCGGCGGGCAGGUCGAUGGCGCGGACGACGACGGCGAGGACAACGGCGCUGGCGACGGUGACGGCGAGGCGGCGUCCGCGAGCGGCAGCGGUGCCGGUAGCGCCGGCGCAUCGACGACGACGACGCCGGCGCCGGUCGCGGUGUCACUGGCGGCGGUCGCGGCAAUGGAGCGACGUGCGGCCGGGACGACGGCCGUCAAGGCCUCCGACGCUCGUGGUGUUGACGGUGACGGUGCCACCGCCACCGCUAAUGACGCCGGUAGUUGCGGUGUUGCCGGUGACGCCGCUGUGGCUACUUCUGCCACUACUUCUGCCGCUACUUGUGCGGCUACUUCUGCCACUACUUCUGCGGCUACUUCUGCCACUACUUCUGCGACUACUUCUGCCGCUACUUCUGCGGCUGGCAGUGGCCACGGCGGCGAUGCCACCACCACCUCCCUCCACCUGCCGGUCUCCAUUGCCCAGCUGCUGCUCACCGACCCCAAACUUCAGUCGAGCUUCGUGGACCUCCGGCGAACCGGGGAUGACGCCGCCGCCGCCAGCGGCCGGCAGCUGCGCCGCACCCACAGCCUCGACUGCCGCGCCGGCAGCGCCCGUGGUGGCGGCGGCGGCGGUUCCGGCGUUUCCGGCGUCGUGGGGAGAGCGGAGCCGAUUGGUCGCCGUAGUCGGAGCGUUCCGGCUGCGGCGGCGGAGGCGGAGGCAGUUGCCACGGCCGCGGCUGUCGCCGUGGCAACUCGCCACGGCAACCCCUUGCGCGAGGAGGAAGAGGAGGAGAAGGAGGAGGGGCCAGGGGAAAAUUCCGUGGCGACCGCGGUUACCGUGGCGACCACGGGGACCGUUUCAACUUCAAGUAAUGUGGAAACUUCGGGGACCGUGACGACCGCGGCGGUUACCGUGGCGACUACUGGGACCUCGGUUACCGUGGCGACUACGGGGACCGCGGUUACCGUGGCGACUACGGGGACCGCUGCAAUUUCAAGGACUGCGGAAACUCCGGUUACCGCGGUGACCGCGGUUACCGUGGCGACCGCGCCGACACUUGCGGCUCCUUCCACGGCGACGUGGGCCCUCCCGACGGCGGCGUGCGUCGUCCCGUUCACCGCGCCGCCGCCGAUCUUCACGCUCUCCUCGCCGGGCCUCACCUGGUCGUUCGCACCACCACCGCCGCCGUUCCCGGCCGCGCUCCCCAACGGCCACGGAGCGUCGGCGGUGACCUCGGCGGUUCCCUCGCCGGCGCCGCCCGACGCUCCGCCCCCGAACCUCCCCCCGCCCCGGGUCUUCCUCGUCUCGGCCGACGGCUCCGGCGCCAGCCUCGUGUCCCCGGCGCCUCCUCCUCCUCUGCCGGCGCCGGCGCCGUUCCUCGGCAAGCUGCCGGACGGCGCCGCUCAGCCGGCGUCACGGCCGACGCCGGCGCAGCUCGCGAUGCCGCAGCCGCUGGUGCUGUUCGGCAGCCAGCACCGGCAGUACCACCAGCACCAGCUGCUCGCCGGCGUGGGCGGCGCCGGCGUGGGGGCCGCCGGCAACUCCAACGUCACCAUCAUCUCUCUGCCUUCGUCCAUGAUGCACCAGCACCACCAGCAGCAGCACCAGCUGAUGAUUUCGCCCGAGGCCGCCGCUGGUUUUGACCGCGGCGGCGGUGCCGGCAACUUCAUGCUGCGCUUCCUGGCGGUCGGCUCGCCGCUCAACUUCGCGCAGCCGGCGCCGGCGGUCGGUCCGUCGCCGCCGCCGCCGCCACCGCCGCCUCCCGGCACUGCCAAAACCCAGCAGCAGCAGCAGCAACAACAGCAACAACAGCAGCAACUGCAGCAGCAGCAACAACAACAACAGCAGCAACUGCAGCAACUGCAGCAGCAGCAACAACAACAGCAGCAGCAGCUGCAGCAGCAGCUGCGGCAGCAGUUUGCCACGAUGCCGGGGCUCUACGGCGUCAGCGCCAGGCCGGCGCUCCCUCCACCGCCGGCGCCGGAUCCGUCGCGGAGUUGCUCCGGGUUCGGCGGCAGCGGCGCCACCACCACGACGAUGAUGAGCGCCACGACCACAACCACCAGCGUCGGCACAGGCGUCACCACCACCGCAGCAGCAGCAGCAGCAGCAUGUGGGCGGCUAGCACCCGGCGGCGGCGGUUGUGGUGGUGGUACCGCCACUACCGCCUCCUCCCUGUGGAACCCGUUUGGCGCGGCGCUGGCAGCUGCCGCCGCCGCCGCCACCACCACGACCACCGCCACCACGACCACCACCACGAGGCGUCCGAAGCCCAAACAACAACCGCAGCAGCAGCAGCAGCCACUGCCGACGCAGCAGCAGCAGCAGCUGCAGCAGCAGAAGGCGUCAAACGCCAGGGCGCCGAUGCCGGCGCCGUCGCCGGUGUCGUCGUUUGCCCCGGCGGGCAAGCUGGCGGAGAGCUGCCAGCUGGGCCUGGAAUCGCUCUGCCGAGUCUUCCGCGCCGGCGGCGACUUCCUGCCGUUGCCCUCGAAGCAGCAGCAGCAGCAGCAGCCUCCUGCUGCGGCUCCAGCUGCUGCUGCUGCUGCUGCUGCUGCGGGAGACGCGAGGGGCAAGAAGAGGUGGAGGGACGAGGUCGCUGCUGGCGCCCGCGGAGGUGGCGGUGGCGUUGGUGGCGUUGGUGGCGAUGAGUCUGGGGCAGCGGGGACGCAGCACGGCAACAAGCGUCUCCGCAUCAAGAUGCCGUCGUUCAAUCUGUCGGAAUUUGGGGACACGGGAGACGAGGCAGAGGAGGAGGAAGACGACGACGAUGAAGACGAUGAGAGGGUGGAGAGGAUGGGCGUCGUGAAUCUGCCUGCCGCCACCACCACCACCGCCACCAUGGCCACCACCGCCACCAUGAUCUCCUCUUGCAACUUCAGCACCCGCGCCGAGGAGCUGGCGGCCUUGUGUACACCGUGUGAGGAGGGCACCGACGAGGAGUCGUGCAGCUCCCCGCUGCUGGCGCUGCUGCUGCGGCGCCAGGCUGCCGCCGAGCUGCAGGAGUCCCAGCGGCGCCAGCGGCAGCGGCGGCUGAGGCAACGGCGCCACCACCGCCGCCACCACCACCACCACCAGCUGCAGCAGCAGCAGCAGCAGCAGCUGCAGCAGCAGCAGCAGCAGCUGCAGAGCGGCAAGCGGCGCCGGCCGCAGCACGAGCCGCGUCGUCACGACGACGGCUGCUACGACGACCAUGACGACGAUGACGAUGAUGACGGCUACGACGACGAUGAUGACGACGACGAUGACGACAGCGACGACUGCGGAGACUUCGCUGCCGGUGGAUCCCCGUGGGACUGUCCCUCUUCCUCCGCUGCCACCAAACCACUCCCCACCGCUGCCACCAAACCAGUCCCCACCGCUGCCACCAAUUCGGCCCCCGCCAACGCCGACACGGCCGCCGUGGGGUCACCGCCGCCGCCGGGGUCACCGCAGGGGUCGCCCCCGGGGUCGUUGCCGGGGUCGGGGUCGUUGCCGGGGUCGUCGGGGUCGUUGCCGGGGCGACCGCCCCCCCCCGGCGAGGCGGAGAAGCCGGGCCUCAUCGUGGAGAUCGCCAGCGACGACGGGUUCUUCGUGCGCUCGCGCUCCGUGCACGAAGCGUGGAAGGCGGUGACUGACGGGGUUCUGCAGCUCAGGAAGAAGUCUUGGCAGAGGCCGGUCAUCUUUGACGGCCUGUGUGGGGUGCGUCUGCUGGGUCUGCGCCACGACUCGGUCUGCUUUCUGCUGGAGCAGCUUCCCGGCUCGUCUCGCUGCUGCGACCACAAGUUUCGCUUUCACCGCCGCGGCGACGCCAACGCCGCCCUGCCGCUCAACGCCAGCGGCACCGCUCGCACUGAGCCCUUCGCCAGCCGUGUCCCCGUGGACAUGUUCAACUUCCUGGUGUCGCGUCACCGCCAGCGUCCAGAGUCGCAGCCUCACGAAGACGAAGACCUGGACGAGAUGCAGCUCAAGUCGGCUCGACGUGCGACGAGUCUGGAUCUGCCCAUGGCCAUGAGGUUCCGGCACCUCAAGAAGACGUCCAAGGAAGCGGUGGGAGUCUACAGGUCUGGUAUCCACGGCCGAGGGUUGUUCUGCAAGCGCCCCAUCGAGGCGGGCGAGAUGGUGGUGGAGUACUCCGGCGUCGUCAUCCGCUCCGUGCUGGCCGACAAACGCGAGAAAUACUACGAUGGGAAGGGCAUAGGCUGCUACAUGUUCCGCAUGGACGACUACGAGGUGGUGGACGCCACGAUGCACGGCAACGCGGCUCGCUUCAUCAACCACUCGUGCGAACCCAACUGCUACUCGCGCGUCAUCGGCGUGGAUGGCGCCAAGCACAUCGUGAUCCUGGCGCUGCGCCGCAUCGCACGCGGCGAGGAGCUCACCUACGACUACAAGUUCCCGCUGGAGGACGCUCGCUCCAAGCUGCCCUGCGACUGCGGCGCCAGGAGAUGCCGCAAGUUCCUCAAUUGAGGGGUGGGGGGCUGGGUGGGUGGUGGGUGGGGUGGGUGGUGAGUGAGUGAGUGGGUAGGUGAGUGGGUAGGUGAGUAAGUGAGUGAGUGGGUAGGUGAAUGGUUGAAUGAGUAGGUGAGUGGAUGAGUGAGUGAGUAGGUGAGUAAGUGAGUGAGUGGGUAGGUGAAUGGUUGAAUGAGUAAGUGAGUGAAUGGGUGGGUAGGUGAGUGAGUGGGUAGGUGAGUGGGUGAGUGAGUGAGUGGGUGGGUGAGUGGGUGAGUGAGUGAGUAAGUGAGUGAGUGGGUGAGUGAGUGGGUAGGUGAGUGGGUGACUGAGUAAGUGAGUGGGUGAGUGAGUGAGUGGGUAGGUGAGUGGGUGAGUGAGUAAGUGAGUGGGUGAGUGAGUGAGUAUGUGGGUUGGGGUGAGUGCUGAUGGGUGGAAGGGUGGACAGUAAGGGUGGAAGUGAAGGGUGGACAGGAAGGAGGAGGAGGAGGUCCCUGACACCUGCGGAGUGGUGGCGAUGCGACUGUUGUUGUUGUUGUCACUGCUACUCCGACUGUGAUCACACAUUCACCCCACCACCACCACCACUACUACCCCCCACUAACCCUCCCCCCCCCACUACUAACCCUCCCCCCCCCCCACUAACCACCCCACUACUACCACCACCUGUUCAUCUACCCCCCGCCUCCACCUGGUGGUGGUUGUUGUGGUGGUGGUGGUUGUUGUGGUUGUUGUGGUGGUGGUUGUUGUCGGGACCGCCCCAGCGAUAAUAACCGCUCCGCUCGAUAGGGAGAGAGGUCUGCAGAUCGUCGAUCGAGCAUUGGCUUGACGACUCACUCGAACCAUCGAUUGCUCACCCACCCACUCACUCGCCCACCUACUCACCCACCCACCCACUCGCCUACCCACUCGCUCACACACUCGCCCACCCACCUACUUACUUACCCACCUACUCGCCCACCCACUCACCCACCCACCCACUCGCUCACACACUCGCCCGCCCGCUCGCUCGCUCACUCGCCCACUCGCCCACCCACCCACUCGCUCACACACUCACCCACCCACUCGCCCACCCACCCUCCCACCCAUCCACCCACCCACUCGCCCGCCCGCUCACCCACCCGCCCACCCUCCCACUCACCCUCCCACUCACCCUCCCACUUAACCACCCACCCACCAACUCGCCCACCCAUCCACUCGCCCACCCUCCCACUCGCCCACCCACUCGCCCUCCCACUCACCCACCCACUCGCCCUCCCACUCACCCACCCACUCGCCCGCCCACUGAGUGACUCAGUGUACUGGCGAUAUUAACUUCUGCGCGUUUUUUUCCCCUCGCGAAUUUUUUCUAACUACUUACUAACUACUGCUACUAACCCAUUAUUAUUGAUGAUGAUGAUGAUCGAUGUCCAGUCGAUACACAGUUGCGUUUCUUAGCUUCUUCUGCUCGUUGUUGUUCUUACAUUGUGCGGUGUGUAUAUAGAGAGAGACUUAGAGAUGCAGAGAGAGAGAGAGGAGAGAGAGACAGAGAUGAGAGACAGACAUAGACAGAUGAGUGAGAUGAGAGACAGACAGAGAGAGAGAGACAGAGAGAAGUGAGAGACAGAGAGAGAUGAGAGACAGAGAAGUGACAGACAGAGAGACAGAUAGAGAUGAGAGACAGAGAGACAGACAGACAGAGAGAGAGACAGGGAGAGAUGAGAGACAGAGAAGUGACAGACAGAGAGACAGAUAGAGAUGAGAGACAGAGAGACAGAGAGACAGAGAGAAGUGAGAGACAGAGAGAGAUGAGAGACAGAGAAGUGACAGACAGAGAGACAGAUAGAGAUGAGAGACAGAGAGACAGACAGACAGAGAGAGAGAGACAGGGAGAGAUGAGAGACAGAGAGACAGACAGGCAGACAGAUAGAGACAGACAGAGAGAGAUGAGAGACAGAGAGAGAGAGAGACAGACAGACAGACAGACAGAGAUGAGAGACAGAGAGAGAGAGACAGACAGACAGACAGAGAUGAGAGACAGAGAGAGAGAGACAGACAGACAGACAGACAGAGAUGAGAGACAGAGAGAGAGAGACAGACAGACAGACAGACAGAGAUGAGAGACAGAGAGAGAGAGACAGACAGACAGAUAUGAGAGACAGACAGAUUGAGAUGUGUGAGAUGAGAGACAGAGAGAGACAGACAGACAGAGACAGUGAGACACAGACAGACAGAUACAGACAGACAGACAGAGACAGUGAGAAACAGAUAGACAGACAGAUAGACAGAGAGAUAGACAGAGACAGUGAGACACAGACAGACAGAGAGAGACAGACAGACAGUGAGACACAGACAGACAGAUAGACAGACAGACGGAUAGACAGACAGACAGUCAGAGAUGAGA